AAAAUAAGCUCUAAUUUUAUUUGGAUCUUGCAGGUGCGCCGAUUUGCAGAAGCAUUCUUUUGUCUUGAGCAUCCAAGGCAAGCUGCCCUUGCCUAUCAAGAACUACACGCUCAAAGUCAUCUACAGAUGUGUGCAGCUAUCAAAAACACUUCUUUCUGCAGUUCUCUUCCACCCCUUCCUAUUGAAUGCAGUGAACUAGAUGGAGAUAUGAACUCCUUGCCUAUAAUCUUUGAAGAUCGAUAUUUAGAUACAAUUACUGAAGAUCUGGAUGUUCCCUGGUUGGUAGUUCAGAGUCUUCCAAGGUCAGAGUCCAAUAAACUGGAUAAAUUUGAAGCUGAAGAAGGUUUUGUAGCUGGUUUUACAAGCCCGGAACUGAAAAUAAGACCUGCAGGUGCCUCCAACCUUUGUCAUUCAGAAAGUGAAAAGAUGCUAACAAAAACUUUGAAAGGGAAAACUGAAGAUGCAAAUAAAUCCAAAGUUAAGGUUACUAAGCUCAUGAAAACAAUGAAACCUGAAAACACAAAAAAAGUUGUGAAACAGAACUCUAAGGACUCUGUGGUCUUAGUAGGCUACAAAUGUUUGAAAAGUGCAGCACUGGAAGAUGCCUCUAGAAGCUCAGAAGGCAGGCCUUCAUACAAUGCUAAUGAAGGGCUGGACCCUACAUUAGGUGGGUUUCCUUGUGAUACAAAGACCUGCACCAGGCAAAUAAGUCAAAGAGAACUUCCAUUUUUGCCAUCUGGAGCUGAGGAAAAGACUGCCAAGAUUGAAGGUGUCCAGCCAGGUCCAGGUAGCCCCGUGCACUGUGAAAAUGUGGCUAUUUUUGGUAGACUUACUAUCUCCCAGACAGGUUCUGGAACUGAAGGUUGUCGUGGAGGUCAACCAGCUUCCUCAGGAGUCAGGACAAUUGAGGUCAAACCAAGUAAUAGGAAUCCCUAUGAAGGGGAGAAAGUAACUGUUCACAUUGGAUCAUGGACUGAGUUUCCACAAGAUGGAGUGCAAGGAGAGAAUUUGCAGACACCCAAUAUUCAGUCUUCAGAAUCUGUAAAUAAAUUGAAUUCAGGAGAACAGGAACCAGUGCUUGAAAAGGAGGACGUCCACGAAAGAAACUUCCAACAUACCAGUGACAUCUUGACAAAAAUGAAAAGUAAUCAGCCUACUCUUUCCACAAAAGAAAGUCAACUUUCUGCAAGUGGAGACAUGACUAAAUUUCCAGAUGUUAGCAUGACAUAUGCCUCUUCCAGGUUUUCAGAUUCAGGUGUAGAAAGUGAACCAAGUUCUUUUGCAACUCACCCCAACCCUGAUCAGGUUUUUGAAAAUGUUCAAGGGCAAAGUGCAUACAAUGGUGAGAGGGUAUUUCCUCAGCUUUUACUAAAACCAGACUGUGCUAUAAAAAACGCAAUAGAAGGACAUUGCACUGAGAGUACUAGCGCUGUAAGUGAAAUACAGUCAUCCCUGACAUCCAUAAAUUCUCUGCCUUCAGAUGAUGAUGAGCUGUCACCUGAUGAGAAUUCAAAGAUAUCUAUUGUACCUGAAUGCCAGCUAAGUGACAGUAGAACAGUAUUGGAUCUUGGAGCAAUUGACUUGCCAAAAUGUGGUGACAGUAAAAAAUCUAACACCGAUUUGCAGCAACAGUGUGUUGUAUUUCCAGGGUACUUGGAUAACAAAACUCGGUCUAUACAUUCCUCGCUCUCAGGAACAAAAGAUCUUUUACACUUAGUUGUUUCAGAUGGGGGUAUGUCUCCUGAUGUGAAAAGUUACAGCUCACAGGCAGACCUUGGAACAACCUACAAGGACUCUCAGGACCUUGAAAGGCAUCUUAAUGCCACAGAAGCAGCAGUUAAAUUGCAUUUGGAAAUUACUUGUAUGGGUGAGCCAUCUGUUGUUUCACGUUCUUCAUCUGUAAAUGCAGUGUAUGAGGUUGAAAAAAAUGAAGGAAAACAUAACGAGCCUUUAGAACUAAAGGAGACAACUGAAGAACUGCCAGUAGCUAAAAGUGAAACUGGUACAGAUAAUCCUUCUCCAACAAGUAGUACUGACAUGGUAAAGCAAGGGCUUGUUGAAAACUAUUUUGGCUCUCGAAGCAGCACAGAUGUUUCAGAUAUUUGGCCUAUGGACAACAGCAAUCCUGUUAGCCCUCAAAAGGAAACAUAUGAAAAACAAAUUAUUUGCUCUUCCCAACAAGAUGAAGAAGAGGAGGAGGAUCAAGAAAUGAUUGAAAACGGGUAUUAUGAAGAAACAGACUAUAGUAUAUUAGAUGGAGCUUCCAGUGCUGACCAGGAUCAUGGCUCAGCAGAAGAGAGAGCCCUGAGAUCAGAAAGGGUUGAUAGUGGGCAUCUGCGAGAUGGAAUGACUGUCCCUCCUGUCUGCACUCCUGGUUGUCUGUCUUUUCCUUCUUCUCUGAGAGACUCUCCUUGCAGUGUUAUCUGUUCCUCAAGGAACAAAUCUGAUGCGAUUACACAACAGCCAGGCAGCACGUCCUACAGCUCAGCUUCAUCUGUUUCCUGGUAUGAAAGCUCCCCAAAACCUCAAAUGUUAGCUUUCCUACAGGCUAAAGAAGAAUUGAAGCAACUUAACCUUCCUGGAUUUAUGUAUAGUGAUGUUUUGAAACUGGCUUCUUCAAUACCUUAUUUCAGUAUGGAAGAGGAUGACUGUUCAGAAGAAGGAAUACAUCUUAUAGUCUGUGUCCAUGGCCUAGAUGGUAACAGCGCGGAUCUAAGAUUAGUGAAGACUUACAUUGAGCUAGGGCUGCCUGGAGGGAGAAUAGAUUUUCUUAUGUCCGAAAGGAAUCAGAAUGAUACCUUUGCUGAUUUUGAUUCCAUGACAGAUCGCCUUUUAGAUGAAAUUAUACAGUAUAUACAAAUUUAUAAUCUAACCCUUUCAAAAAUCAGCUUUAUUGGACACUCACUGGGUAAUUUAAUAAUCCGUUCAGUGCUCACAAGACCUCGAUUUAAAUAUUACCUCAAUAAACUUCAUACCUUCCUGUCUCUCUCUGGACCACAUCUUGGUACCCUCUACAACAGCAGUGCUCUUGUUAAUACCGGACUGUGGUUUAUGCAGAAGUGGAAGAAGUCUGGUUCUUUAUUGCAAUUGACGUGUCGAGACCAUUCAGAUCCACGACAAACAUUCUUAUACAAACUUAGUAAAAAAGCAG